CCUCCACCUCAACAGCCUCAACCAAUCUACACACAAGGAGGUGUUGCUUACACCGUUCAACCACAAACCAUCAUUGUCUCUCCUCAUGUUGUCAUUAUAAAGGACGCACAUACAUUUCAUCCCUAUCCAGAAUUUUGUCCAAAAUGCCAGCGAAUCGUCACAACGCGUGUGCUGUGGGUGUCAGGAUCGUGUGCAUGUACUGUUGAUUCUUUGCUAUUUGUAUACCAUUUUUGUGGCCAAUGUUAUUUUUUCUUUGUACACCAGCAUUCAAAGAUGCACAUCAUCAUUGCCCUUGUUGUCUCACCUUACUUGCCAUCAAAAGGCGAUGACAAUAAC